CGCGGCGGUUGGUGCGUGCGGCUGCCACUCAGAGCGCGGGCGCGCGCCCGGGGGGCAGCUUUGUGGUGAGCGGCGGCUCAGGUUUUGCUGGAUAUUCGAAAACCUCAUUAGAAAACAAUGUCCCUUGACUUUGAUAGUGGAGCUCUACAAACUCAACAUGAAGAUGAAGACUAUGACCAAGAGGAUUAUGCAAGAGAACAAGAGUUGCAACAACUAUUGACAGACCUUCCGCAUGAUAUGCUGGAGGACAGUGGAGAUCAACUCUUCAGCUAUUCAGACUGUAGCAUUCAUGAGGCUGAGGAGGAAUCACAUGAGCCUGGGAAUCAUGAUGGAAGGUGGAAUGAUCAUCCAUUGAUAAGUGAUCCUCAAAAUGAUUAUGAACAAGGGCAAAAUCUGUACCCUGAACAGUUCUUGCAUGACCAGCAAAGUGACCAUGUUGAAAAACAUGGAAAGAAAUGGAACGGCCUGCAUAAUGACGAAGAGGAGAAACAUUUAUAUGACGUUAAAGAAGAUUACUAUGGCCAGAACAGUCAAGAGGAUCCCAAUGAUGUGUAUCUUGGUGGAGAUGAGUUUAGUGCUCCAAGUUGCUACCAACAGAACAAUGUCUAUCAUCUUCCAGAAAACUUCAUGCCAUAUACAAAUGGCCAUAAAUCAGAAUUUAACAGUCCAGAAAGUAAAAUACUGAAUUUUCCAGAUGCUCCAAAGGAACAUGUUAAGCAGUUCAUUGCAACUGACAUUGUGCAUGACCAGUCGCCAGAAUCUUACAAAGUGACUUAUAAACCAUACCAAAAUGGCAUUCAUCAAAAAAUUCCUGUAAUGGAAGAAGGAACCAGAAGAAAUGAGGCAUUUGAAGACUUGGAACAGGAGUUCUUGGUUAGUCAUGAAAAUGCUUCAGAAAAUAUGCAGAUUCUUCAACUUCAAGUUCUAAAUAAAGCAAGAGCGAGACAACUGGAAGAACUUAAUGAAAAGCUAGAAAAGAGUGCACAGCAGAUUAGGUAUUUGAAUCAUCAGCUUUCAAUGGUCAAAGAUGAAAAGGAUGGUUUGGCUGUUAGUCUUUGCGAGUCUCAAAAACUCUACCAGAAUGGAAAGGAACGGGAAGUGCAUCUUGAAGGUCAAAUAAAGGCCCUUGAAACUCAGAUUCAGACUCUUACUACCAAUGAGGAGCAGAUAUUGAAGCAAUCCAAAGUGGCAGAGGUAGCCAUGGAAAGCAUGCAGAAGCAGCUCUUAGAACUUCAGCGAUCCGAUGCCCUUCAGCGAGCCAGAGAACAACACGAGGCCAUUGUUUCAGCACUCAAGCAGAAGUAUGAAAAGCAAGUAUUGUCAUUAGAGCAGAAACUUGAUACUACAACAUCGGCACUCCGAGAACAGGAAGAGCUUUGCAAAAGUCUAGGAGAGCAUGUUAAGCAACUUGAAAAAAUGCUGGAAGAAACAAAAUGUGAAAAAACUGAAAUAAUCAAUCGACUGACAAGAAGCCUAGAAGAAAGCCAAAAGCAGUGUGCAAAUUUACUACAAACAGGCUCCAUGCAGGAGACAAAUCAGUUACGAUUUCAAUUGCAGCAGGCUCAGUCUGCGCACCUGAUAAGCAAUAACAUGAACAAGGCUUUGCAGGAAGAAUUAAUGGAACUGAAGGAAGAAAUAGCUUUGUAUGAAUCUGCUGCCAAGCUUGGAGUCAUUUUGAAUGACGCAGAGGGAGAGCUGCCAGCGAAUCUGAGUGAUUCCUAUGUCAAUUUGGGAAUUAAGAAAAUCAGUGGGAAGAAACUAAAGUUCUCCAGUGCACUACUGAACAGAGACAUGGAUAAAGAGCUCUCUAAAGAUGAAAUUAUUGUAGAAUUAAAAGCUGAGUUGGAACGUUUGUUGAGUAGUAAUAAAAAGAAGAGAAACCAGAUUACUCAGUUACAAAAUGAUCUUAAAGAUUGCCAGAAGACAUUAGAGGAAUACAAACAGUUGUUGAAAGUGGAAAAAGCGUCGAAAGAGUCAGAGCCUGUCACAAACUGGAAUGAUACUUUGGUGGCCAGUUCUUCAGCUUCUGAUAAUCUUAAGGAAGAAGUUUUGAGACUCAGAAAGGCUAAUGAAACUUUGCUGCAAGAAGUUGAGAACCAUACUUUGACUAUUAAAGAACUGAAAGAAAAUGAGGAAAAACUGAAAAAUUUAAAUCAAGAUCUCUGUUGUCAGAUGAGAAUGAUGGUUCAGGAUUUUGAUCAGGAUAAACAAGAAGCCAUUGACAGAUGUGAAAGGACUUAUCAGCAGCAUCAUGAGGAUACAAAAGCACAUUUUGAGAAAGAUCUGAUGGAAAGAUGUGCUGCAGAAAAACAGCAGCUUAUUCAAGCUUAUGAAGAGACAAUUUCGCAGUUAAAGUCUAACAUAGAGGAGCUGAACAGAGAGAUGACUACAGUGAAGGAAUGUUAUAUUGGAGUCUGUGGAGAAAAGGAUGCCUUGGAAGCUACUUUAAGGCAGAAAUUUGAGCAAGAGCAGCAGCUCAAAGAAGAAAAGCUGAAGAAACAGCUACUAGAAGAAAAAGAAAACUCUCUUAAGCUUCUGAGGAAUGAACUUGAAGAGAAACACAAUAGUUCUAUGAUGGCAGCAAAGAAGCAGUGGUUGAAAGAAAAAGAACAGCAGGUUGAAGAGGAAGUUGCACUAGCUAAAGUUCGCUGGGAGAAGGAAGAAAAAGAGAAUAAAGAACAAGUCUUUGCAAAAAUAGAAAGAGAAUGGCAAAGUAGGCUGGAAGAAAUUAGAAGAACUGUAGUUGAAUGUAAUGACUGCAGCAGCCAAACUGACCAAGUGAGAGUUAUGGAUGAAGCGUCAGCUACAGAGAUAGAACGGAUUGUUGAAGACCAAAGGCUGCAGAUCCAGAAGGCUCUGAAAGAAAAAAUGGCCUCUGAAGAGGCCUUAAAAGAAUUUGAAAUAGAACUGGAAAAUAAAUACCGUAAAAAUCUUACCAGCCAGGUAAAUGCAGCUUUAACCCAAGCUCGUGCCAGGUGGCUGCAAGAAUUAACAGACCUCAAAGAGUACAAAGUAAAUCUAAAGAUAGAACAAGAAAAAUGGGAAAAAGAACACAAAGAGACUGCAGCAAAGCAGUUAUUCCUAGUUCUCUCAGCUGCUGAAGAGAAAUGGAAAAAAGAACAUGAGAGUACAGAGGAAUCUGGACCAAGAAUUAAAGAACUUGAAGAAAAAGUAGUUUCUCUCAAGAAGGAAUUGGAGCUAAAGAAAGAAGAAAUCCCUGCAGCCAUCAAAGCUGAACUAGCAAAAGCUCAUGCUCAGUGGAACAAAGAAAAGCAAGAAGAAAUCCUGCAGAUACAAGAACAAAACGAGAGAGACUACCGAUCUUUCCUAGAUGAUCAUAAAAACAGAAUUAAAGAGGUACUUGCAACAGCAAAGGAGGAUCUUGCAAAGCAGAAGAAUGAUCUCUCUGUUCAGAAAGAGGCAGAAAUAAAGGUGUUGCUCGACCAAAAGCAGCGAGAAUGGGAGGCUCAGGAAACAAAGAGACUGCAGGAUGAAAUUAAUCUGUAUGAGGAGAAGACUCUGACUGAACUCCAGUACUUGUUGAGUGAAAUCCACGAAGAACUAGUCAAGUGCACACAUCCUAAGCAUUCUUGGAAGGAUGAGUGUUUUGACACUCAUGUUGAAUUAAACCCUCAGUGCAAAGACAAACUGAAAGCUUGCUUACAAAAGGCCUACAGAACAACAGUUUACACAAUUCUGGAAAACAAAGAGCAAGAAUGGAAAGAGAAAUACGAAGAGCUGGUAAGUGUCAUGAAUAAAGAAGCACACUGUUGCCUGCAGUGUGGUGAAACAGAAGCUGGAGACAUGGGAAGACCUGCUGUGCACCCUGCGACAGUGCAAAGGAGGCUGAGAAGACAGCCACCCUUGCAGGAAACUGGAACAGACAAAGAAAAUGAGAAGGUUCUAGAAGCUCAAGUUGCAGAAAACUCUGAGGUGACGACUAGCCUGAAAGACCUGGGAACACCACCAAGGUCACUGUCAAGGGGAGGCGUCCCAAAACCUUGUACAUCCUGCGAGUCUCUGAAAGGGUUGGAAGAAAUGCGUGCUCAGUACGUGAAAACUGUGAGCAAGAUUAAGUGUGAUAUGCUUUGUUAUAUCCGUGAAAGUAAGAAGCGAGCCGCUGAAAUGAUUAAGGCGGAGAUUUUAAGAGAACGCCAAGAAACUGCACGGAAAAUGCACAAAAACUAUUUAACCUGCCUUCAACAACUUCUUACUGAUAAUGGGGAUGAUGAAGGAGCUGAAAAGAGAAUAAUGAAUGCUGCCAGGAAGCUUGCUACAAUGGCUAAAGGACUUGAAAUGCCCCUUCGACACAUUCCCCAAAGCAAAUCUGCCCGCUCAGCUCUCCUGUUAAAUUCUGAUCUACCACCUGGAGCUGAGUACCCAAAAACAGAUCCCACACUUCAGACUAGGUCAAACUAUAUGGAAAGCAAAUUGUGUAGUGAAAGCAUUACCAGAAAAGCCAAUGAUAAUGUUGUUUCAAAACAUGACUUGAGAGAACAGUUUGAUGCAGUGCAGGCUGAAACUCAAUAUAUGCUUCAUGAAUCUGAGACUUCAAAUAAUCAGAUCAGGAAAAACUCUCUAAAUCUGGAUGGUGCUUCAAGAGGUGAUGUUCUGUCAGAGUUGUAUUCAAAUGAAGAUGGAAAAAGAGAAAAGUAUGGCCCCACUGUAAAUGUAGACAGAAGAGUCUUGUGUGCUGCUGGUAAUACAGCACAUCAGAGUGCUCUUCCAUCUGCUUUCCAAGUAACGUUAGAAGAUAGGUGUACACCCUGCUGUACGAAUGGCCAUAACAGCUCUGGGCCAACUCAUCAUGCGCCUAAGAGCAAGAAUGAAAGAAUGGUCUUGAAAGAAGAUAGAUGUAUCCAGUCAUGUGGAAAAUGGAAAACCAAAUCUGAAAGAACUCAGGAAUUUGUUUUUCAAGAAACUCCAGAAAGGGAUGAAGGAAGUUGUAGUGAAUGGAGUUCUGUGAAUGGAAGCCUGCAUCUGGAACGUGGUGAUAUGCCCUUCUUGCAUCUUGAGCAAAAGCCCGGUACUAAUGUGCCUGCACAGACUGCGCACUGCAAAGAGUUUCCUCACAGCAGGUUGUUUUCCCCUGCAGAUGAAAAUGUUUCUACUUCUUGGAGAGACAUUUCUAACGGCAAUGUAAAGAUUCUCAGCACAAAAAGCAGCGCUGAAGUUUGCAGUAGAGGCCACCUGAUAAACCCAGAGCAUACUUCAUUCUUCAACUCUGAUAAAUCAAAUUCCACUGUCGCACAACUCAAUGUACGUUCAGAUUCAAAUGUAGGGAAAUGCUGCAACAAGUGCUUGGAAAGAAAUGGGGUGGGGCCCCCAGUCUCUUCAGCAAGAUCGCCCGCUUUCUAACUUGAAUUGAUGCCACCAAUUCCUCAUUUGAAGGAAAAAAGAUAACUUGAUAUUUAAAUAGAAGUGUGAAGAUUGAGGAAAACCUGUUGUACUGUGUAUGUUUAGAGGUGUUUUAGGAUUUGCUUGAAGCAUUUUAAUUGUCUUUGAAGGGCCCUCUGUAAAACUCUGUGUGUGUGUUCAUAAUAAAAGCAAAAAUACUUGAGUUUUUUCAAUAAAUUAU